AUGGUGUAUGGGGGGAAGCCGAGCACCGGAUGUUACCUUUGUCGUAAGCGGAAGAUAAAGUGCGAUGAAGCUCGCCCGGAGUGUCGGAAUUGCAAAAUCCAUGGCCGACCAUGUCCAGGCUACCGGCCUGAUGCAGUAUUCCGCAAUGAAACCAAAAAGAUUGAAAGACUGGUGAAAAAUGGUGGAAAUGCGAGCACCAGUGGAAGCGAGAGCGCCAGUGAGAGUGGACAAAGCAUGCCCACUUCGGCUACCUCGGCUACAUCAGUCGUACCUCGCCAGCGCAAAAGAUUGCCUGAAUAUCAGGCAGAUGACCCAUUAAACAUAUACACUCCAGCAGAUUCGACGUGGGAGCAACGUGCGUUGUGCUAUUUCUUCGACCAAUAUACCAUCCGAGCGGAUGAGGAUGGGGGCCACUUGGACUAUCUUCCUCCACUCUAUGCACGAGAGAUAGGCCGACCCAGCCAAUCAACAUCUUCUUGUCUGAAGUGGGCGGUCGAUGCUACGGCGUUGAUGACCUUGGCUAAUGCUAAGAAUGCACCUACGCUCAUGAACAAGGCUCGACAAGGCUACGGUAAAGCUUUGCGGGGUUUGCAAGAGGCUUUGAAAUCACCAACCAAUGCAGUCAAGGAUGAAACAUUUGCUUCUGUCGUGAUGCUCUCUUUGUAUGAAGAUAUCUCCGGCGAGCGAAAUGGAUUGUUUAGCUCCCACACGGCGGGCUUUGAGUUCUUGAUGAAGCUCCGGGGCGAGGGGCAGAUGGGUCAUCAGCGUGGUCGCGACAUGUUCAACUUUGCAUACACCCACACUUAUAUCGAGAUCCUUGCAUUGGGAGACAAUCCCCGCUUCGACCUCCAAUGGGUCCUGGGGAUGCUGAACGGCGAUGACCCCGUCGACCAACUCAUGCUUUCGGCAUCUAAGCUAACACAGCUUUUUGUCACCAUGCGCUCCUCACCCCAGCCCCCAGACCAGGCUACAGUAGAAUCAUGGAUCACCACCGGUCGUGAAUGCGACGCAGAACUCUUCAACUGGACUCAAACUCUUCCAGAUCGAUGGCUCCCACUUGUCGUUUAUUCGACCCAUGGCGAAUCCCUCCUGACCUACAAUCGCAUUUCCAACGCCAUCAUCUGGUACUACUACCGCGCAGUACGGGUGAUGCUACAAAAAGUUCUCCUCAGUCUGAACCGCACUCUCACCACCAUCAAAACGGCCAACGAACAGUCGACCAACCUCCCAGCGAGCAGUUCGGGAACCAGUUUCACUCCAAUUGACGAAGCCGAGUUGCAAGGUGUCAUUCGUGAAAUGACCACGGAUACUUGCCGCAGUAUCCCCUUCUCGUUGGCAGAUGUGGACUCCCUCGGGCGUCCCAACAAAGCAGAUAGUCCGCUCCAGAUCCGUGCAGCUCAAGGGUACGGUCUUCUCUGGCCUCUUUGGUACGUGCUUACCUGUGGCAUGCCCACCGAGGCACAAGUGCAACAGAUCAAGACUGGUCUGUGGCGCGUCGGAUCCAACCUGGGGAUCAAAUUGGCGUUGUUUCUGGCCCAUGAGGCAGAAAAGAUUCGUGGGACGUCGGAUGAGAUCUCGCCAUUGAAUCUGAAUCGUGAGCAACGAGUUGAGGAGAUGCCCUGGUAA